AUGACGGACGGAAAAGCAAACUCAGUUCAGAAUAUGAACGGAAAACAGGGAGCUAACUUGGCCUCAUCUUUGCCUACUACACAAGUACCGGUUUCGAUAUUGACUAACAAGGAGAAAAGCAAAAACCUUCACGAUGAGUCAAAUGUGGAAGGAUCUAAUAACAACGACGAUCAAUCGAGGUCUAAUUCUAAUAGAAGAAAUAUUUAUAAAAACGACUUUAGUACGAAUUUGAGAGACUUUUGUUUUGCUGAUUUGAAACAGAGUAGCGAAAGAACCAGAGAUGGCCAUGAUAUAUAUGUUAACACGAAUGUGCCAUCGAAUAACGGCCAGCAAAAUAGCUUCUCACCUUCUUUGCCUUCUGCUGUUUCAUUCACGGUGCCAGAGGUGGAAAGAAUGCCCCAUCAUAGAUAUUCAAUUUCGAAUAAACCCGGGAAACAGCAAAUGCAGCAACAAGAGCAACAACAAAAGGAACAACUACAGGAGAAACUUCGUCAAGAAAAACAACAAGAGAAAGAGGUGAAGCAAAUACAAGAAGAAGUGCAGAAAAAACAAAUUGAAAGACAACAACUAAUAGAAAAAAAGGAAAGGAUAGCGAAUGUCAUAUUUAAGGAGAAGACAACCAAAGACGAUGGGAACUGUAAUAAAACUCCCGUACCAGAUGGAGCAGACAAAUGUGACGAUGAAGUGGACUCACCUUCUAUGGAGAAAAAUUCUAUCGUUCACAUGCCUGGUGAUUUUAUUUAUUUCAAUCCUAAGCCCAACGCUUCUAAACCGAUGGACGCCAAGGUGGCACAAUUAGUGGCUAACAGCAGCUCUAUGCAUAAAAAUAAGGAGGUUAUUGCACCACCCACGGGACCACGUGUGCCCUUUACAGAGUUUUUCCAAAAGGAGGACGACAAAAAGUUCCAUAUCUUGAUUGGCGCCACGGGGUCAGUUGCUACAAUAAAAGUGCCCUUAAUUAUUGACAAGUUAUUCAAGAUAUACGGGCCGGAGAAAAUUUCGAUUCAGUUGAUAGUGACAAAGCCCGCAGAACAUUUUUUGAGAGGGCUAAAGAUGUCUACGCACGUCAAAAUCUGGAGGGAGGAAGAUGCAUGGAUAUUUGAUACUGUAAACAAGAAUGACGCUAACCUAAAUCUGAACCUUAUAUUACAUCAUGAACUGAGAAAAUGGGCCGAUAUUUUUCUAAUCGCGCCCUUGUCUGCCAACACGUUGGCUAAGUUGGCCAAUGGUAUAUGCAACAACCUGUUAACUUCUGUGAUGAGAGAUUGGUCACCGUUGACACCAGUUUUGAUUGCACCUGCAAUGAACACUUUUAUGUACAUCAACCCCAUGACGAAGAAGCAUUUGACUGGGUUGAUCCAGGACUACCCAUUCAUCCAAGUUUUGAAACCGGUAGAGAAAGUGUUAAUCUGCGGUGAUAUUGGUAUGGGUGGCAUGAGAGAAUGGACAGACAUUGUGGAGAUUGUGAGGAGGAGAAUAAACGAGAUAAGAAAAGCCAGGGAUGAAGAGACGGGAGACAAAGAGCAAGAACAAGAAGAACAGGAGGGUAUUAACAACGGGAACGACGACGAAGAGGAAGAUGAAGAAGACGAUGACGAAGAGGAGGAGGCGACUCGAAACGAAACGGCCUCGGAUGAGAGCGAUGAUGAUGAUGAUGAUGAUGAUGACGACGAUGACGACGACGACGACGACGGAGACGGCGACAAAGGAGAGGGGGGGGACUGA